AUGCUGAAGGGACUUUCGGCAGAGGAGGCGACAGCCAAGCUGUCGGAGCUCGCGAACUCGAUGCGGGUGCUGGAUGUUGAGAUUCAAACAGUGACUUUUAAGGAAGAGCUGUACUUCCAGUGCGUUUUCGGGCUGUUGAAGCUUACGAGUGAUCUUCUCCAGGCGCAUGGACGCGCAAAAGAGGUUUACGCUGUCGAGCGGAAGGAAGCGUUCAUGCCCCAUGUGAGUUUCAUCUAUGGCGAUUUAGCGAACGGGUUGCGUGCCAACUUGGCGAAAGAAUUACAGCCGAGUCUGGAUAGCCGGCGCCUUAAGAUGAAGAAGCUGCAGGUGUGGCGGACUCUCGGUCCUGCUGAGACGUGGGAGCUGGUGGCGGAGCAAUCGCUGAUAUCGUAAUGCGGCAAGUAUUGUUGAAAGA